AACAAGCACCCCGCAAGAAGAUUGCCGAGGCAAUUGAUUUGGAUGUGCUGCUAUCCACCAUGACGGCACUCGAGGAAGAUGUUGAGACACGUGGUAUAUGUCUGAAGUGGAUUAGUACUGAACUGAAGCAGGCGGCGGACAUCCGCACUAUCAACGCCAAGCGAGAAGAGAGU